AUGCUUAAAUUUUAUCAAAUGAAGCAUAUUUUUGAAAUACUGGAUAAAAUGAGAUGCCUGCGAAAACGUUCCACAGUGUCAUUUUUGGGAGUUCUUGUCAUUUUCCUUCUCUUUAUGAACUUGUACAUUGAAGACAGCUAUGUUCUGGAAGGAGACAAACAGCUUAUAAGGGAAACAUCCACACAUCAGCUGAAUUCAGAACGCUAUGUGCAUACUUUCAAAGAUUUAUCGAAUUUCUCAGGAGCCAUCAAUGUCACAUAUCGCUACUUAGCUGCCACACCUUUACAAAGAAAGCGGUUUCUUACCAUUGGACUGUCGUCAGUGAAACGAAAAAAAGGAAACUAUUUACUUGAGACAAUCAAGUCAAUUUUUGAGCAGUCCAGCUACGAAGAGCUGAAGGAAAUUUCAGUGGUGGUUCAUCUAGCAGACUUUAAUUCAUCCUGGCGCGAGGUCAUAGUCCAGGAUAUUACACAGAAAUUUGCCCACCAUAUUAUUGCAGGAAGAUUAGUAGUUAUACAUGCUCCAGAGGAAUAUUACCCAAUCCUGGAUGGCCUUAAAAGAAAUUACAAUGAUCCAGAAGACAGAGUCAGAUUUCGUUCCAAGCAAAAUGUAGAUUAUGCUUUUCUGCUUAAUUUUUGUGCCAAUACAUCAGACUAUUAUGUAAUGCUUGAAGAUGAUGUUCGAUGUUCAAAAAAUUUCUUAACUGCCAUCAAGAAAGUCAUUACAUCCCUUGAAGGAACCUACUGGGUAACUCUUGAGUUCUCUAAGCUUGGCUACAUUGGAAAACUUUAUCAUUCUCAUGAUCUCCCACGUUUGGCACACUUUUUAUUAAUGUUUUAUCAAGAAAUGCCUUGUGAUUGGCUACUGACUCAUUUUCGGGGUCUUUUAGCUCAGAAAAAUGUGAUCCGUUUUAAACCAUCUCUCUUUCAGCACAUGGGUUAUUAUUCAUCAUAUAAAGGGACUGAGAAUAAGCUGAAGGAUGAUGAUUUUGAAGAAGAGUCAUUUGACAUCCCCGAUAACCCUCCUGCAAAUCUGUAUACCAACAUGAAUGUUUUUGAAAAUUAUGAAGCAAGCAAGGCUUAUAGUAGUGUCGAUGAGUACUUUUGGGGAAAACCACCUUCAGCAGGAGACGUCUUUGUGAUUAUAUUUGAAAAUCCAAUUUUAAUUAAAAAAAUUAAAGUGAGUACUGGAACAGAAGAUCGGCAAAAUGACAUUUUGCAUCAUGGAGCCCUAGAUGUUGGGGAAAACGUUAUAGAUUUCAAACAAAGUAGACAAUGUGUUACUUACUUAAGACUAGGGGAAUUCAAAAAUGGAAACUUUGAAAUGUCAGAGGUGAAUCAAAAAAUUCCAUUUGAUAUACAUUGUAUAAGGAUAUAUGUUACCAAGGCACAAAAGGAAUGGCUGAUUAUUAGGAGUAUUAGCAUUUGGACUUUUUAG